AUGAUGUGGUUUGAGGCGAUUGGGCCUCGCCGCUCUCCGUGGUCGACUCAUCUCUACGGUAUAAAUGCGAGCAAGGUAUCGCAAGCUGAAUCGGGCUUAUCAGCACCACCUAUUCAUCGGUCGGCUGACGAAGCAACAACGCGGACUAUGAAGAACCUGGGGAAGUAUUUCAAAAGCACUGGCACUCGUCAGAAGGAAGAAACAAAUGGAAGAGUUUUCGCAGGCACUGAUAAAAUAGUCAAUGUGGCAAAAAAGACCGAGGGAACCAAUCUAGACGAAAAGGUGCGUACUCUGGAGGCUCAGCUGAAAGCAAAGGACGAGGAGCUAACGGAGAAGAACAACACGAUCAAGUGCCUUCAAGAAUUCAGUGCAGGCAUUGGACUUAGAUCCUCUGCCGUUGACUUUUACCACGUCAAGGACAAGGCCUACAGACAGUUGAUCGAGGACACGCAACAGUUGUAUCGCGAGUUGGAGGAUUUCGAUAAACUAGUGAAUUCCGAUGACAAGAGCAGGUACGAGCCACCGAUGCCGCCUCCAGGGACACUUUUGAGCUCGUCGAAUGCAGUGAGCGCUAAAGAUGCAAUUGUGCCGCGUCACUAUCAACGCAAUGCCCGUAAUUCCUCUGCCGGAGGCUCAGGCCCUGCUGGAGGUAACUCGAAAUUAGCCAACAUUCGAAGAAGCUGGGAGGAGCGUAAUCUAAAGAUUCUUGACCUAAACGACCGUUUGAAAGCUGCCUACGAUCUGAUCGCAAAACUAAGUAAGGCGAACUCAGCGGUGAGUACAGGGGAUGCUAAAGGUCAGAUCACCACGACUUUGGUGCCGAAGACACAAAAGGCACCGCAACGGGAUGCCCCCCCAGAGCCGACCCUGUGGUACAUACCAGAGAAGGGUGGAGUGAAUGCCAAGCAGAAGAAUUUGCUUCUGUCAUUGGUUGGUGAUGAGGCGAAUGAGGAAUCAGAGGAGGAAGACCGGAAUCAAGCUCAGCCAGCCAUGGGCCAUGGAUCCACAGUGAACGAUUCUGCACCAACUUUGUUGGGCUCAAACUUCUACAACGACAUGUACGACGAUGGAGAAAAACCGGAAUGGUUGAAUGAAAUUGGCGAAAUCGAAAUAGUCCCUGUGCAAGCGGCGCUUCUCUACUCACUUGAGCGGAAGUCUGCAGAAGUGGGAAAAAACAAAGACCAUCAGGGUUCAGUAAGUGAGGCGGUGAAGGAGGCAACGGCAUUCCCCAAUACUCCACCCUCCUCUUCUAAGCCUCAGGAGAUGCGUUACGCUUCAGAAAAGAUGCCAUCUCAAAGAUCCAUCAGAUCGAACGGUUACGAUUCUGAUGUGUCAGAUGAUGAAAAAAUGAAGUCGAAUACGGGCGCUAGUGAUAGACACAAUCCGAGCUAUCAAGACCAAACGACAGCAAAUGAAUCUUCAAAACCGGUGAUAUCUAGCACACACCAGCUCUACAUGUCAGGAGGAAAGUGGAGCAGUCACGAGACUGCUGGAAGCUAUCAAAAGGAACCAAUCUCUCAGGUUCAACCAAGGUCCUCCGCGAGACCCGUUCACCAACAAUCAUAUGGCUACAAUUCCGAUGUUGAUUGA